AUGCCAUACGCUAUGCCAAAUAAGCUAUGUCUUUUUAUUCUUCUCGUAUUUUACCGUCUAGGUUUUGUCGACAUUGAAGUUCUACGAGAAGAACUCCAAAACUGGGGUGAGCCUUUAACGGACAUCGAAUUUGUUGAUUUACCAAAAAUUGCUUUGAAAGAAAAGCUUUUGGUCUUUGAGACGGGCAUUCUCACUUAUCCUAAGUUUAUUGAAAGAAUGAACGAAAAGGAUGUGAAGUUCACUAAAGAACCUAUUAAUUUCUGGAAGUUAGACCAAAAGACUUUAGCUGCUAUGGCUAUGGAGAAGGCUAUGGAAGAACGUGCUGAAAUGGAGAGACGAGAAGCAGAGAGGAAGGCCAGAGAAGAAGCUAAGAGACAGCGGAUGAUUGAACAAGGCUUGAUUCUACCAGAUGACGUAGCUUAGCUAUAACAAGUUACUGACAUGUUUUGAUAUGUUUGAUAUAUAUUAAUUGGAAAAAUAAAACGG